AUGACUGACUCUGGCAAGCCUGAAAAUCAAGAAGCUACCGAAUCUCCGAAUCUCCAGGAUAACGAUAUUGCCACUGUUCAAGAACAACAGAGUUUGAUUAACUUGGUAAAGAAUGUAUUGAAUCCUAACGGUGAUGAUCCUAGAGUAGAUCAGUAUAUCAGUAGCACCUUCCAGUAUAUCCUGGGUGUUUUGUACAAGAUGCUGGUUAGCACAGACAAAGAGGCCACGGCCAAGGAGAUCGCCGAAGAUCUCAGCGAGAGGUUCAACAAGUGGAAGGACGAACGGGAAAAACAGAAGGCUGAGAAACAAAAUGGACAAUCGGAUGAGAAGGAUGCUAAGAAAGAUUGA